UGUGGCUUCCGCAUUGCUUGACAGAGCUGGACGUCACAGAUACUGGUUGCGCCAGACUGGUCAGCUCAGGCUCUUCGUCCAGAGCACAGGUCCUGAGUAGAAAGACGUAGCUAACAUUGAACAGCUAUCAAACAUUCCUCUCCCUUAGAAGAAGGAACGCUCUCCUUUGAUAUAAGUAUACAAAAUCUUCGAAGAACCGUGUCUGCGAUAAAAUGAAGAGGCGGAUACACUUUGGUUUUGUGCUGGUAUAUUCGCUAGUCUCGUAUUUCUAUUCAUGCUCGGCGUUUUAUCUUCCGGGUUUAGCCCCAGUGAGUUUUUGCGAAGACGGAAAAGGUGGUGAAGAUUGCCAGACAGAGAUUCAGCUGUUUGUCAAUCGCUUGGACUCAGUGGAGUCAGUCUUGCCUUAUGAGUAUGAUGUGUUCGACUUUUGCAAAGAUGUCAAGGAAAAGAGGCCUUCUGAGAACCUUGGUCAGGUGCUGUUUGGUGAACGAAUUGAGUCUUCACCAUACAAGUUCAACUUCAAACAAGAUGUUAAAUGCAAGGCAGUGUGCACAAAAACCUACAAGAAAGGCACCCAGGAGGAUGCAACCAAACUGGAUUUUCUUAAAAUGGGAAUGCAGCUAAACUACCAACACCACUGGAUCAUUGACAACAUGCCGGUGACAUGGUGCUAUGAUGUGGAAGAUGGUCAGAAGUACUGCAACCCGGGCUUCCCCAUUGGCUGCCUUGUUACCUCAGAUGGCAGAGCUAAAGAUGCUUGUGUUAUCAACUCUGAGUUCAACAAGAAGAACACAUUUUACGUCUUCAACCAUGUGGACAUCAGGAUCACCUACCACAGUGGAGCAUCAGAGGGAUGGAGAGGGGCUCGGCUGGUCACUGCCACUCUGGAGCCAAAGAGUAUCAAAAAUGUGGAUGAGAAAAACCCAAGUUGUGAAGGAGGUAGCCCAAUGGAGGUCCCGGCGGAGUUUGAUAAUGAUGUGUCGAUAGUUUACACCUACUCGGUCACAUUUGAGGAAAACAAUUCUAUCAAGUGGGCCUCUAGGUGGGACUACAUCCUCGUCUCCAUGCCUCACACCAACAUCCAGUGGUUUAGCAUCAUGAACUCCUUGGUCAUUGUCCUCUUCCUGUCUGGCAUGGUUGCCAUGAUCAUGCUGAGAACCCUGCACAAGGACAUUGCCAGAUACAACCAGGUGGACCAGGCAGACUUGAUAAAGCUUCCAUCGACCAGGGAAAAAUCCUCUCUACCCUAUGAGGAUGCACAAGAGGAGUCAGGGUGGAAGCAGGUGCACGGGGAUGUUUUCCGUCCCCCCAGGAAAGGCAUGUUGCUGUCUGUGUUCCUCGGACAGGGCACCCAGAUCUUCAUCAUGACCUUCAUAACACUCUUCCUGGCCUGUCUGGGUUUCCUGUCACCAGCCAACAGAGGGGCUCUCAUGACAUGUUCUGUGGUCCUCUGGGUUCUGCUGGGCACACCUGCUGGCUAUGUGUCUGCACGCCUUUACAAAACUUUUGGAGGUGAAAAGUGGAAGACAAACGUCUUGCUGACAGCACUCUUGUGCCCAGGUAUUGUGUUUGCAGACUUCUUCCUGAUGAACCUGAUCCUUUGGGUGGAAGGUUCUUCAGCAGCAAUCCCCUUUGGCACUCUGGUGGCCAUUUUGGCUCUGUGGUUUGGAAUCUCUGUGCCCCUCACCUUUAUUGGUGCCUACUUUGGAUUCAAGAAGGCUUCAAUUGAGCAACCAGUGCGAACAAACCAGAUCCCCCGUCAAAUUCCUGAGCAGUCAUUCUUUACAAAGCCUAUUCCCGGUAUAGUAAUGGGUGGCAUCCUGCCCUUUGGCUGCAUCUUCAUCCAGCUUUUCUUCAUCCUCAACAGCAUUUGGUCUCAUCAGAUGUACUACAUGUUUGGAUUCCUGUUCCUGGUUUUCAUUAUUCUACUCAUCACCUGCUCUGAGGCCACAAUUCUGCUCUGCUACUUCCAUCUAUGCGCUGAGGACUACCACUGGUGGUGGCGUUCCUUCCUGACCAGCGGCUUCACAGCAGUCUAUCUGUUUAUCUAUGCUGUGCAUUACUUCUUCUCAAAGCUGCAAAUAAUUGGAGCUGCCAGCACCAUCCUCUACUUUGGAUACACUAUGAUUAUGGUCCUCAUCUUCUUCCUCUUCACAGGUACAAUUGGCUUCUUUGCCUGCUUCUGGUUUGUAAAUAAGAUCUACAGUGUGGUCAAGGUGGACUAGAGGACUGAGGGAAAGACUGACUUCUUGCUGUCGCAGUACUGGCCUCCCCAGUGCUGCCUGUGGGAUAAAGUGGUCUGAAUGGACCUGAACUGAAACCAUCACUUAUCAUAGACAAAACCCGAAGAGCUGAGCCCGUCCUCUUUUGUGCUUUAAACCUAUGUUGCUGUUGUUUUCUUUUUAAAUAUAUAUAUAAUUUUGUGUUCACUGUUGACCGUUAAUAUUUUGAGUGGCUCCUUGCAAAUCAGUGUGGGUUCCAAUGAUCUAGCUGUCAUAGUGAGCAGUUUGUUUUGGUCAGUUUAACAAGAAUGUUUUGAAUUUUAAUUUUCUGAAAAAAGUAAAAUGUUGUGUAUUUUGCUUUUCUACUCCCAUACGGCAAAAUGUUCUGUUUUUCAUUACCUGUACUGAUGAUGGAAAAAAUGCGUGUACAUAUACUGUAUAGAGAGACUGAGCGAGAGAAUGCUACUUAAAGAUUGUCACCAUUACGGAAUUUUCUGUAGGAGUUGUUUUUCUUUUCUUUUUUUAAAGUAAAGAUGGGGCUAUAAAUCCUUAAAUAUCAGCCUGUAUUGUAGUUCAGAAAUUAUAUAAAACACUGACAUUACUAUGA